CCAGGUGCCACCACUUCGAUAUCGACGGAUCUUCCCCCGCCGAGCACCAACAGCAAGGCCUGCAUGGUUUGCACUCCCUAUGCCAUCAACGAGGAUAACUGCAAUACCAUCCCGAAUUGCUCGCCACAGAUUGCCGUAGCUACUGUCACUGUGGGCAGUGCUCCCGUGCACGUGGGCACCUUGACGGGCGUGGCCCUUUACACAGCUGCCGAAAUUGGCGGCGUCCCAUAUGUCGACCCUGGCGAGUCACUAGACUCUGGAUCCCUCAUCGUCAAAGUGCCCACGAGCGGGUACAACCUCACCUCACUUCGUGACGCCAUGAUCGCGUCAAUUGCACUGUCGAUCCAGACCUCGGCCACUGGCAAGAACUGCUUCAACGUGACCUACGAGGUAGAAGAGCUGAAGCGCCGCGACGGCCUCCUGGGCUGGGUCGACGAGGCGCUGAGGACCUCGCGCCGUUUGCUCGGCUUCCGGGAUCAUCUCGCUCCAAGGGAUCGCCCCUAUCUGAGCACGGAGCAUAUGACAAUGUGCAACGGGGCGUAUUUCCAUACCACGAACUACUAUGACCCGUUCUGGCGGACGGCACCGCAGCCAGGUCCGACCGAUUUCAUCAAUGCACUGUUCACAUUCGAGGCUUCGAACAGCGAUCAGUUCCUCUGCGAGUUCAUUGACAUGCUGGUGGAUGGGUUAACGGCGUUGGCUCCAGAAUUUGCG